AUGAAUAUUCUCCAAAAUUUCAAGGGUGAUCUGGUGUGGGUUUUAGACGGCCUUGACGAGUGUAACUCGAAGUCACUCAAUGAGCUGAUCAAGUCGAUGAACUUGUACCUCAAAUCCAACUGGGGUAAGACGUGUCAACAUCGCUUCAAGAUCAUCGUUCUCAGCCGUCCGCACAACAUCAUAUGCCGGAUGCUCCAGCUCGGUUUGGAUGAAGAGUCUAAAAAUAGACAACGCAUGACGAACUAG